AUCUUCCAAAGAACCAUGGAGGGGGUCCUUCAGGGAAUACCCCAAGUUGCUGUUUAUUUGGAUGAUAUUUUGGUUACCGAGGCAACUAGAGAGAUGCACCUCAGGAACCUGGAUGAGGUGUUAACCAGGUUGGAAGAUGCUGGUCUCAGGCUAAAAAGAACCAAAUGCACCUUGCUGGCUGAUGAAGUUCAGUACCUUGGAUACAAAGUGGAUGCUAAAAGGAUUCACACUGUGGAAAACAAGGAAGGAAACGGACAGAACGUGUGGACAGAACGGUUCGACACCUCCUCGGUGACAGCAACGGCCAAACUGCAGAGCAGCCCCCCGACGACGAGCAUUGGAGCGCCAGUUUUACUCUGGCCUGGGUUGGCAGACGGACAUCUGCCACCGGGAAGACCGCCACCAGAGGGCAGAAAUCAACCACACAGGAGACGACUGAGGUGGAGUAUCAUUACCUUGAUGUUGUCAGAGCCUGAGGGGGCCCUGCUGAGGAGGAAGGAGCCCAGCAGUAGGACCCCAAUGAUCCUAUGCCACAUCCAGACAGCCAUGGGGAGCACACAACACAGAAACUUCUGUUUGAUCACAGUCUCUCUUCUCUUGACCGUAUCUCCACCUGCUGCAGGCAUACCGAUCAGAUUAACUGGGUCUGGGUCUACUCGGUGCUCUGGAAGAGUUGAAAUCUAUUACAAUGAUAACUGGGGAACAGUCUGUGAUGACAGCUGGGACUUAAAUGAUGCUAAGGUGGUGUGCAGAGAGUUGGGCUGUGGUGCGGCACUGAGUGCCCCUCAGUCAGCACACUUUGGUUCAGGAACUGGACAGAUCUGGCUUGAUGAUGUGGCCUGUUCAGGAAGUGAAAGGUCUCUAACUCAGUGUCAGCAUGGAGGAUUUGGGGCACACAACUGUAACCACGGUGAGGACGCUGGUGUGGUCUGUUCAGGCAUACCGAUCAGAUUAUCUGGGUCUACUCUGUGCUCUGGAAGAGUUGAAAUCUAUUACAACGGUGUCUGGGGAACAGUCUGUGAUGAUGAGUGGGACUUAAAUGAUGCUAAGGUGGUGUGCAGAGAGUUGGGCUGUGGUCCGGCUCUGAGUGCCCCUCACUCAGCCCACUUUGGUCAAGGAAGCGGACGAAUCUGGCUUGAUGAUGUGGCCUGUUCAGGAAGUGAAAGCUCUCUAACUCAGUGUCAGCACAGAGGAUUUGGGGUAAACAACUGUAACCACGGUGAGGACGCUGGGGUGGACUGUUCAGGUAUCAGAUUAUCUGGGUCUACUCGGUGCUCUGGAAGAGUUGAAGUCUAUCACAGUGAUACCUGGGGAACAGUCUGUGAUGAUGACUGGGACUUAAAUGAUGCUAAUGUGGUGUGCAGACAGUUGGGCUGUGGUACGGCUCUGAGUGCCCCUCAGUCAGCCCACUUUGGUGAAGGAACUGGACAAAUCUGGCUUGAUAAUGUGGGCUGUUCAGGAAGUGAAAGGUCUCUAACUCAGUGUCAGCACAGAGGAUUUGGGACACACAACUGUGGACACGAUGAGGACGCUGGUGUGGUCUGUUCAGUGAGCCUUGAAAAGCCCAGCAUCUCCAUGAAUCCUGCUGGUGAGGUUACCUGGGGUCAGGAUGUUGCCAUCACUUGUUCAAUUUCAGUUCAGCAUUUAGGUGGAACAUUCAUCCUGCAGAAGACCUCAGGCUCAUUCAGAAAGACCAAAACGUCAAGUAGCAACUCUGUUACCUUCAUUAUCCUCAAAGUGAACUUUGAUAAUGAGGGAGCAUACCAGUGUCAGUAUCAGUUACAGGUUUCAGGUCGAGACUUCAGCUCCCCCUUAAGUGACGCCGUCAGACUUUCAGUUACUGUUCGCUUCCCCAAGCCCAGCAUCUCCAUGAAUCCUGCUGGUGAGGUUACCUGGGGUCAGGAUGUUGGCAUUACUUGUUCAAUCUCAACUCAGCAUUUAGGUGGAACAUUCAUCCUGCAGAAGACCUCAGGCUCUUUCAGAAAGACCCAAACGUCAAGUACCAACUCUGCUACCUUCAGCAUCUUCAAAGUCAACUUUGAUAAUGAGGGAUCGUACCAGUGUCAGUAUCAGAUAAUGCACUCAGGUCGAGAGUUUAAGUCCCCGCUAAGUAACUCUGUCAGACUCUCUGUUACUGUGCCACUGCAGCAGCCCAGCAUCGACUUGACAUCUCCUAACAGAGGGUUGGUCUGGCGUCCUGAAGGUGCAGAGGUCACCAGGGAUUACAGCUUUGUCAUCACCUGCUCCAUUUCCUCCCACUAUCCUGGAGGUGUGUUCUCUCUCAUCUUCUCUGGCUCCAACAUCACCGACACCAAGCCAGCAGUCAACAACUCAGCCUCCUUCAACUUCCCUGUAGCUGAGUAUGAACACCAGGGCAACUACAGCUGUGUGUAUGAAGUCACACUGUCCUCAAGGAAAUUCACUUCCACCGAAACAACACUGAUUAGUAUCAUCAUUACAUUUCCUUUGUGGCUGCUGGUCUCCUCAGUAGCUGCCGGGAUUCUGCUGCUGCUCCUGCUGGUCUUUCUGGCAGUCUGUCUGGUCUGCAGGAGAAAACGACGAGCUAAGCCGCCUGCAGUCCUUGUCCAAACCCAAUUAUCUGUCAGAGUCGGGAACGAUUAUGAACGUGGCGAGGACGAUGACGACGAGGAGGACUAUGUGAAUGUUGAUCCCAUGGACAGCAAGAAGAAACUCAAAGAGGAAGAAGGGAGAGUAGAAGAAGAAGACAGUAAUGAUUAUGAGGAGCCAGAGAGUGAGGAAGAUCAUGAUUAUGAAGAAGCAGGCCCUGAUGUAAAUUUCAUAAAGACCACCGAGGUGUGUUUCAGUGUAGAGGAACACAGAGAAGAAGAAAAAGAAGAGGAGGAAGAAGAAACCGAUGAUGAUGAUGAUGAUGAUGAUGAUGAUGAAGAAACUGAUGACGAUGAAGACUAUGAAAAUGUAACCCAGUCAUUUGGGGAAGAUUUGUGGAGAACAUGAGGAUAUUUAUACAAAUUUUGAAGGGUCCUCUGGUUAUUAGUCUCGUGCUGGUAACCAUGGAUAAAGCACUGAACCUUUGACCCACUGCAAACGCUUUCGCACAAGUAAAUGUUAAAAUCUUAGAGUGACAACUGGCCAUUCAAAUGGAUGGAGUAUAUAAAUGUUACUGAAUAAAUUGUAGCUGGGUCUUUUCCCUCAGGACAAUCAGCUAGUCAUUCAAUAAUCAGUAUUGCAUAUACCUAGACCAGACUAGAAACUACCAAAACUCUUGAAUGCAUGGUUGAAGAUAAAGGUUUUAAUAUUUUAAUUACCUGGACAAGCCAGAGAGACAUUAGACAAGUUCUUGUAAAGGUGGCCUUUGAUAUAAAUUCCAUUCCAGACUAGAGGUGAGGCUUGGUCAGUUAGUCCAAACUCAAACAUCUCAACGACUGUUGGUUGGAUUACCAUGAAAUUGUGUUCAGAUAUUUAUGGUGCCCAGAGGGUGAAGCCUCCACUGGCUGAAAAGGGUCAACUGCAUGAGGUUGACAUUGAUGGUUUUGAGUGAGAUGAUAGGAUAGCAGUUCCUUGAACUCACAGCCUCACAGAGCUCAUUUGCUCAUUAGCUCAUUAGCCCUGUAAUAAUCAAGUUUUAGUACUUUUAUGUUUUAUGAAACAUGAAGCCAGUUUGUAUACCCUCAGCGAAGGAGUACUGGUUGGUUUCUGAGCAUAUAAUGAUGCUACCAUGUGGGAAGUGGUAGCUUCAUUAUACAGUAUGCGGUCAAUAGGUGCCUAAAUCAGUGCCCUCUGGCUUCCUUAAGAGGUUAAGCUAUAUGUACAGAAUGUGCAAAAAAUACUUCAUGUAUAUUUUUUAUUGUACACAUAAUGGUCCACUGUGUAGGAUCUAGUGGCAUCCAGCAGCGUAGUUGAAGAUUGCAACUCACUCACUUCACCCUGCCUUUCAAAGCUUGAGGGAGAAACUAUGGUGGAUAUAAAACAGCCCCAAUCUAAAACCUUCUUUCCCUGAAAAAGUCGUACAGUAUCUUUAAUAGUAUUUUAAUUGUUUUUUUGAGAAUCAUCCAAGUCCAGCAUGGUUUGUGAACCCAAUUUCAAUGUAUUUGAAUUAAGACCUUGUCACUGUGGUUGAUCACAACAUUCUCUUUGUAUUAAUGUAUCUUACUGGCUAACUUUUACAGUUUAAAAGGAUAAACUCUAAUGUAAUGACCAGUUUAUUUUCAAUGAGAAUAAAACACAACAGCAUGGUUUUAAGGGUUUCAGGUUCAAAUGUAUAAAUGGAGUGCAUUAGUAAUGGUGGUAUUUGUAUAAUUUUGUGUGUUAAAAUAAAUUAAUAUUGAGGAAUAUCCAUGUUUUUGUUUGGAAAGUAAAUCUAGUGUAAAUAAACUACAUUUAUUCUGGAAUGUUGUUUUAGAGGCAAAAUGUUACAUUUAAGUGUUUUAUUUUGAAAAUAAACCUAUAUAUUUUAUUAAAUUAAAUUUCUUACAGAA